AUGAGGGGAGGGAGCAGUCUCGGGCCGCAGACUCAGGGCUGUGACUGCUGCGGCGAUCGCCUGGAUUGUACGGUGUGGGGCCUUCGCAAAGAGUGGAGGGAGAUUUCCAAACAAGUUGAGUCGGAAGACAAGCACGUCAAGGAUGCGCUUCACCCGGACGUGCGGCGGAUACUGGGAAACAGGCCGGUUGAUGAUUUCUCCAAAAAGGGCACCAACGCCCUGUUUGCCUCGUGCGAGCGCGUCACGCUCAAGGCCCUGGAUGAGGCGUGUGGGUUCGGCUUGGCAAACACGGGCAGCAAGUACCAAAACGUCUCUUGCUUUGCAUUGGCUCAAUUGGCAGAAAGCGUGCAAAUUAUCUUUGACAUGACCCAUGCAACAGGCAAAGAAGAUGCACUCGUCAUGAGUCAGUCGGAUGCGCACUCCUCAAAGUUAGCUGAAGUGUGCAUGAAGCAAGCAGCGCGCUUGGAGCAAAUGCACGAUGAUUUGGACAAGGCACGACAAGGUGAAAGAGCUGCACGAGAGGAGCUUGAGAAAUCUCUACGGGCCCAUGAGCUGGAACGUGCGGAAUUCGGAGACAAAGUUGAGCAGAUGAAGGCAAUGCAGGCCUCGUUGCUACGAGAAAACAAUCUGCUGUUGGAGGAGCUCAUUUCUGUGCUGGGCAGGACGAAGGCUCUGAGAGCCGAGAUGGUAUGGCUGCAGCAAUUCCUCCCAGGUUCUGAGCGUUCUGCCACGCCUUUUAGAUCUUUGCAGACAGAGGUCUUGCCAGGACCCACCUGUACCAUGGCAACGGGACAGCGGCUUCCACCCGCGACGCAGGUUCUACCUCCAACGCCUGCCGUCGCCGUUGCAUGGACGCCAAUGGGUGUCGCCGGUUUGGCAGAUGGAAUGGCUGGCCCAGCGCGGAAUGCAGGAAGCUGGGCGAGUGCCUCAGCGUCUUGCAACCUGACGUUCAUUGAUUGCACAGCCUUCAAUGCCCAGAUUUCUGCCGAAGACCGGUCAAAGGAUGAGGAUGAUUUGUGCUACAAGUUAGCAAUUUGCGUGCGGCAGCAGCUUCUGGGAGAUGAGCACGAAGAGCUGCUGGCCUCGAUUGAGAAGUACGUGGUGUCUUGCAACUCUUGGGGAGUGCAUUGCCUGGGCACAGGCAACUUCACUGCUGCACUGGAGCUGUUCAAAAAGGCUGAGGCAAUGACGGAGGCUGACAAUGUGCCCAACUUCAAAAGUCGAGUCGCCCUUCGUGCUGUGACCUUCAACAAUCUCUGCUGUUACUACCGCACGCGAGGAAAGUUAAACGCUGCCCUCCAGUUUGCGGAGAAGGCUUUGAAAAUCGAGCAGCGGUACAAGGAAGCUGACAGUCCAGCGCGGAGCUUUCUCAAUUAUGGAGUUCUUCUCAGCAACAGCGGCCGCCACAACGAAGCCUUGGAGCACGUCGAGAGGGCCGUGGCUGUUCUCCACGACCAGGAGCGGCACCAGGAAGCUGAGGUGGGUGGGGGCAGCGAGCCUUCAGAGACUGCCCAGCUGCUGGUAGUUGCUCAUUACAACAUGUUUGUUGAGAAUUUGCACCUCAAGCAUUUUGCCACAUGUCUUCAGUGUUUGCAGCGUGCAGUGAAUGUCGCGCAGAGCAAGCUGGGAUCGUCGCACAACUUGACCAUAAAGAUGCAAGGCGUGCAGGCCGAGGCACAAGCAAGGCUCGAGCGCAAGGCUUCGGCUGAAUGCUUUAGAACGACCGCAGCAGUUGUGGAGUCGUCGCCUGUGUUCUUCCACUACCAGGAUGGACAUUGCCACCCAUGGCAGAAGGUCAACAUUGCGCAAACAGAUGCCACCCGUGCGCAGGAGAUCCUAGCGGACCAAAAGCAGAUAACGCUUCGCCGGCUGAGGCCUGUGGAUCCACGUCCUCCAGAAAAGCCCCGGAUACGGAGUCGCAGGCCAAAGCCGCAGAUCUACGCCAGGUUGCCAGCCAUUGGCAACGAGGUCACUAGCCGCUGGUGGGCGUCACAUCCCAAGCUGCUGGACACCGAGGGCUAUGCCGGCUCUCCCAUACUGACGCAGCAGGCACAUGGGGCACAGCCCAUGGUGGAGCUGCUUGCGCUUCGGCAGUGUGCUGGCCGAGGGCAAGACGGAGGACAUGGUAUGGACUCUGAAGCGCUGCAGACGGACCUCGAUGCUGUGAGCGAUGCCAAAGCCUCCACACAGCCGCUGCCUUUGGGACGCCAGCAAGUGAUUCCUGUGCCGCCUGGGGCACCGCCUGAGGUGGUUGCAUCUUGGGAGUAUCAUCAUCGCAGGUUGCAGAUGCUGGAGGAUGGUGGUGGGCUCACAGCCCUGGAGCCGCAGCGAAUGCGCGCCAUCACAGUUUUGCGUGAUAGGCUAGACAAACGAAGAGAGAAGGGCCUUCCCACCCCGACGGACUACAAGAAGCAUCAAGCGGCGACCUGCAUUCAGGCAGGCAUCCGUGGCUACUUGGUGCGGCAGUGGACCUCGGAGGAGUUGGCUCGUGAGAUGCGUCGACAGCGUGCGCUCGAGGCCUCUGCCUUCGAAAGUUCUCCCACAAGUGAUGCCAAGAAGAGAGCAGCUUAUCGGGUGAUCUAUGCAGCACGCCGCGCCUUUGUCGAGUACAAUGCCGCAGUGAAGAUACAAAAAGUGGCCAGGGGUACCAUGACAAGAGCCAAGCUGAAAAGGCAAAUCAGCCGGAUCGCCCACUCUUCCGCUGCCAAAGUGCAG